AUGGAUGCUGACAAAGCUCAGAAGCUGGCGGAUAUGGCCCGAGACGCUGGAGACCCGUUGGGUGAACAGCGCUACUUGGGCCUGGUGGCUUUGGCCAAGGCUGCCCAGCCUUGCCCACCCACCACGAGGCAGCGCCUGGAGAAGUUCGAGGGCAUCCAGCUGGAAAUCCAGAACCAGAUCCAGCAGGACCUCGACAAGCUCGACCGCUGGGCGAAGUCUCGAGACGCUGUCCUCGAGCGGGUGGCCAACCUCAAGGACCAGCUCGAGCACGCCAGGCAGGAGCACAAGCAGGCGGUGCUGGAUCUUCAGUCCCAGUACGCCGCCGAGACUCCCAAAACGGCCCCCAAGAUCAGCAUCCGCGAGAUCUGCGAGGGCCGGCUUGAUCUGGAGAACAUCCUCACCAUGGAUGACUUCUUGGGGGCCCAGGAGGCGCAGGAGCUGCACGACCUCGAGUCCCAGGAGGUGGAGGAGCUCACGAAGAGGAAGGACGAAGUGGCGCAGCAAAUCCAGAAGGGGUUGGCCGACUACUUCAAGGCCUCCCUCGACAAAGCCAAGGCACCGCAGCGGUCGGCGCCGAUGGUGCUGGCUCUGCUCCAGCGGCCUCUGCUGCAGCUGCUGCCGCACCCGCUGCCGCCGAGGGAACCAAGCCUGCGGCUGAAG